UUCCUGAUCUUCACUAGAUAAGGCAAGUCUUCUUUAAGCUUGCUCCAAGAUCUAAACCUUAUAGCUUGAAAUUCUUCAACGAGAUCCCAAAUUUCUUCCUCAUCUAAAGGUAUCUAAUCGAUGGCUUCAACAAUGAUCUCUGUAUCUCCGAGUAAUUUUGCUUCAAUUAGAGAAUUGAAAGCUCAAACUCAUACUGGAUUGAAACUGAACGGAAGAACGAAUCAAGUUUAUUUCAACACCGGUGGUAUGAUUAAGGUACGAUCAUCUUCUCGAUUUAUUAUUAACGCUAGUAACGAGAAAGAAGCAGCGCCAUUAAAGAAACUCGGAUUAACUGAUGAGGAAUGUGAAGCGGCUGUUGUAGCCGGUAAUGCUCCUGAAGCACCACCAGUCCCACCCAAACCAGCAGCACCGGCUGGAACUCCCUUGGCUUCAUUACUUCCUCUGAACAAGCGUCCUCGUCGUAACCGAAAGUCACCUGUUCUGAGAGCAGCUUUUCAAGAGACGCAGCUUAGUCCUGCAAAUUUUGUGUAUCCAUUAUUCAUUCAUGAAGGGGAAGAAGAUACCCCAAUAGGAGCGAUGCCUGGAUGUUACAGGCUUGGAUGGAGACAUGGUCUUCUUGAAGAGGUUUCCAAGGCAAGGGAUGUUGGGGUUAAUAGCAUUGUGCUUUUCCCCAAGGUGCCUGAUGCAUUGAAGACACCAACAGGAGACGAAGCAUACAAUGAGAACGGUUUGGUUCCUCGAGCCAUUCGGUUGCUGAAAGAUAAAUACCCGGAUCUUGUUAUCUAUACAGAUGUUGCGUUGGAUCCUUACUCCUCCGAUGGGCAUGAUGGCAUUGUCAGAGAAGAUGGAGUGAUUAUGAAUGAUGAAACAGUUCAUCAGUUAUGCAAACAAGCUGUUGCUCAGGCUCGAGCAGGAGCUGACGUAGUUAGUCCAAGUGACAUGAUGGAUGGUCGAGUUGGAGCACUAAGACAAGCUUUGGACGCUGCAGGUUUUCCAGAUGUGUCUAUUAUGUCAUAUACAGCUAAGUAUGCAAGUGCAUUUUAUGGUCCAUUCCGCGAGGCAUUGGACUCGAAUCCACGAUUUGGAGACAAGAAAACUUACCAAAUGAACCCAGCAAAUUAUAGAGAAGCUCUGGUUGAGGCUCGUGCUGAUGAGGCUGAGGGAGCUGAUAUCCUUCUUGUGAAACCUGGUCUUCCAUACUUGGACAUUGUGCGACUUCUCCGUGAUAGCUCCCCUCUACCAAUUGCUGCAUAUCAGGUUUCAGGUGAGUAUUCAAUGAUCAAGGCUGGCGGGGCUCUGAAAAUGAUAGAUGAAGAAAAAGUAAUGAUGGAAUCACUUAUGUGUCUCCGACGCGCUGGUGCUGACAUUAUUCUUACAUAUUUUGCUCUACAAGCUGCUAGAUGUUUAUGUGGUGAGAAGCGAUAGGAUUCUUCAUGCAGUAGAAAGAGGCUAUAAUUGCAAGUUUUAGAGACUUAGUGUAGAGUUUUGGAUUAGCUAUAAUUUUCACAAGUUCAACCAUGUACUGAGUCAUAAUUUCGAUUGAAUAAGAUGGUUAAAAAAAAAAAGAAAAUCUUGAAGGAUUGUAGUAGUAUAACACUAAAAUGUGAAGACAUCAAGAAAAUUCCAUGAAAUUCUUUGAAUGUAUGAUAACAUCUAUGUUUCCAAACCUCUGCGGAGAGCAUGGCAUGAGUGCUCUCUCUAUUACAAAGAGAACUGCUCUCUGUGUUGGGGAGCUUCUUCCU